GACCCAGAUCUGAUCAGAUAGUUGCAGAACUUUAAAUCUGAUCCUUCAGUUUGUUUGAUUCUGUAGUAAAUCAGUAAUUCUUGAUGUCAAUAAGACCCCCCCCCUGCAUGGCCUGGCCUAUCAUUCACAGAUCAUUGGGAAGCUUCACAUGUUGAAGCCUCUAGUUUAAAACCUUGUUUUAAAAACUCCGUCUGAAGCCGCAGAUCCUGCGACGCUCCAGACUGAGAAAUUCUGUGACUUCUCUUUCCUUUGCCGCUGCGCUUGUUUCUCUCCGCGGCGCGAGCGGCUGCUGCAGCUGCGGCCUCUCCACUCAGUGACAUAACUGGAGUUUCCCUUCUGCAGGAACAGCCUCCAGAGCAUAAAUACUAGAGGCCGCCUGGCAGAGGUUCAGUCUAACUGUCAGACAGGCGGAAGCUCAGAGGCUGAUUCAGACACAGACGAUGACGGGCUACAAAAUCACAGCGGGAGACGUGGAAGCAGGUCCUCAGGGCAGGAUGGAGGUUCUGGUGGAGAAGAAGCCGUCCACAGGGUGGAUGUGGAAGGUGUUCGGGGUGCUGCUCCUACUGGCCCUCAGCCUUGGAGGAGCCCGGCUCUAUGUGUGGUACCAGCUGGAGCGAUCAGGACCAACAACCGGCUCAGAACACACAGCAGCUCCAGUCAUCAUGGACUCUGAUGUCACCACAGGGACCCAUUCCAAGCUGAGGGAAAUCAGCAGGAGGGCGACGGCCGCCAUCCAUUUAGUCGGUAAAUACGACGAGGAUGACAGGAAGCCCUCUAUCGAGUGGAGGGACGCUGUGGGCCAGGCCUUCUCUUUGGGGGGCCUUCAUCUGCAAGACAACCAGAUCAUCAUCCCAGAGAGGGGACUGUACUUCGUCUACAGCCAGGUGUCCUUCAGGGUGUCCUACAGUGAGGACAAGCAGGGCCUGUCGUCCCUACAGCCCCUCAGCCACCGGAUCUGGAGUUCCUCCACCUCCGUGGGGAAGCCGGUGUCCCUGAUGAACGCCGUCAGGUCGGCGUGUCAGAACCUGCAGGAGGAGGACGGGCUAUCGGGCCGCGGCUGCUACAGCACCAUCUACCUGGGGGCCGUCUUCCACCUGAACCGAGGAGACCGGCUUUGGACGGAGACCAACCAGCUCACUGAGCUGGAGACCGAGGAGGGGAAGACCUUCUUUGGUGUGUUUGCACUUUGAGUCACUGCUGUGAUCACCAGGGAGCGUACCUGAGCACGCUUUCACACCUUGAUUCAGACGUAGAAAUGCUAACAUCUCCAUGGAGAUGGACCCAGACUUUAUUAACUGUACCAGUUGAAACUUUAUUUCUGUUUUAGGCACUUUUUGUUUGUAUUUAUGCCGACAUGAGGCUGUAGGAGCAGAAAGCUCCUUCCUUAUUUUAAACAUUUAUUUAUUCAUAUUUAUUGGUAUUUAAAUCUGUUUAUCAUGUUUUGUAUAAAUAAA